ACAAGCCGCUGAUCAUAAAACAUACAGUCUAGUAUAGUGCAGUCAUAUGAUAGACAUUACUAACAGUCUCUUUAUAUCAGGAACUAUAUAAGAGCGGUACCUAGGAGCGUGUUUGGACCCUGCAAGCUGCUGUGAUAGACUGAUGGGUGUAUCUGAUCGUAUCGAGAUUCUGUCACUACAGGAAAAGGAAAGAGAGUCCCAGAAUCUUGAACAUUUUUAGAUAGUGUUGCAGUACAUUUGCGUUGAAAGUCAGUCUGCAGCUAGCGCUGAAUAGUCAAUUCCCUCCUACUUCUUGCAAGAUUUUUCACCACGUUUUCUAAACUAAAUUCAUCGAACGCUGGCACUGCUAGCAAUAAUCUGUCUUCACUGUCAACCAUUGAAUCAGCUCGAUUUUCCACAAUGAGUGUUGGGCAGGAAUUUGCUGUGAGUGCUGCGGCAGCUGGUCUCUCCCAUCUCAUGCAUCACCCCCUCUACACACUCAAGAGUCAGAUGAUGUUUUAUGGGCCACAGUUUAAAUUCAAGGAGUUUUUUCGACAAGCAAGGGAACAGCGAACGUUUCUGUAUAGAGGUGUGGUGUCCAGAACGUUUGGCAUAAUGCCUGAGAAGGCCUUCAAGAUGCAAGGCUGGAUUAUGGUCGGUCGUUUCAUGGAGUCUAAAUUCGAAGAGCCGACAAUCAGUAAAUGGCUGGUGGCUGGAGCAGCUGCCGGCGCCGCCACCACUCUGAUAGGAUGUCCUUCAGAGAGGGCAAUGGUGUUAGCUCACAUUCGCAAGCAAGGCUUCCUACAAGUGAUACGAGAGACUGGACUGAGAGGUCUCUUCUCGGGCUUCUCCUCCACCCUCUAUAGAGACAUCUCCUUCAACAUGGUCUUCUUUACGGCAAGGGAAUUGUUUGUUCGAGGCUAUCGGAGUCGAUACGAUGAGAGCCCUGAUGCCUGGCGGAGAGUGUUGCUAGGGAUACCGGCCGGGUGUAUGGCUUCAGUGGUUGCCUGUCCCUUUGAUGUAGUCAAGACCAGAAUGCAAGGGAAAGAGCUGGGUAGCAAGAUACUCCCGUGCUCUCGUAUCAUGAUGAACAUAGUCCGCACUGAAGGAGCUGCUCACCUGAUGAAAGGCAUCGGGCCACGCCUGAUCGCUGUACCCAGUAUGAUGUCAUGGUUUUAUGUAAUUAACGAAGAACUCGAGAAAAAAAUACUCGGGAGGAAAUGACAACUUAAUAUUUCAAAAUCAGAAACAAGAGCACAUUUUCUUCUCUAGCUGUUAAACUUUGAUCCGUUUUGGUUGGUCUUCAUUCCAUUCAGGCAUUCGUUUUGUCCCAUGCAAACUAUAAAGUUCAGCUUCUGCUCCUGUACUGUGAACUCUCAACCCUCUUUAUUAUAUGUGGGGACUAUUUUUCUCUUCUUUCACUGUACGCAAAUCCAUUAUUUGUUGUGUUUUGUACACUCAAUCAACAGAAGUACGUAUAAUUAUACUUUCGAUCUUUUAUUAUUGCAUCAGAUUCUAUAAUUAUAUAACUGUGAA